CCGAGAAGAAGACGUGAGCUCCCGUUCAUGGUGCGGCGGGGUUCGAUCGAAGCUCUGCGCCAUGGAUGAACUCUUGGACGAAGUUUCGGAGCCAAUCAUCGAAUAUUACUCAAAAGAUUCCGGAGAAGAUGAGGAACACGACUACAGAACGGACUACCUGAAGUUCACAGUGUUCCUUAUCAUGGCAUGUUUCUUCAAGGCGUUCCAGAAGCAGCUGCGCGUGCCCUACAUGAGCUGGGUGUUCCUGCUGACCACGGUCCUGCUGUGCCUGAUGUCGAUGACGGGCCCGCUACGACGAAGCAGCGGCCUGGAGGCUGCAGUCGGCGUGCAGGCCAUCCGAGCUUUCCUGCCGGCAUUCGUGGUGCACACGACGCAGGGCAUCAACAACUACAUCUUCCGCCGGUGCCACGUCGAGAUCAUGGUCUUCUCCGUCGGAACAUUCACCAUCACCAUCGUGAUGGCUUCGGUGUACGCGCUCCACAAGGUGUCUGACGGAACGUGGAGCAUCAGGGACUGCGUCUUCUUCGGCCUCUUCAUGUGCUCUGUCGAGCGGGUACCCUUGAGCAGCGUCAUCUUCGACGAAGGUCGCUACCCUGUAAUCGCCACAAUGAUUCAGUCCGAGGCCCUGUUCAAUACUGGCAUGACGUGGUGCGUCUUCGGCUUUCUUGGAGGAAACGUAAAUCGUAAGUUAGAUUUCGUCUCGUCACUUUGUCGAAGAUGUGACCAACACUGGGACAACGCUGUAUUUACCUCAUCCGGCAGCCAGUGUUUUUCAUGAG